AUGAAGCCACCCACCUUGGCCCCUGGAUUCCCUUGUCAAUGGCCAGCAGGGGGAUUGGCCAACACGAGUGCAGCCGCGCCUGUGAGGUUGGUGGUGCUGACGUUGGCUCUGCGAGGUCGGCUCAAGGUGGGUCUGGAAAUUGAGCGGGCCUGUCAGGGCGUUGUCACCCACACCAGGAGCACACAGCAGGUGAAGACCAAGCCCUACCAUGGCAGCUGGAGAGCCGCAGGCCUGCUGCUGCUGCUGGCACUGGCCACUGCAGGGGCCGUGGCUGGGGGGCUUCUUGGCUUUGCUCACAGCCCUCCGAAGCCACUGCUGCAGAUGUUCCAGCUGACUCUCCCGAGCCCCCGGGUGCUCAGGUCCAACCAAACCACCCUGGUGGAUGCGGCCCAGAACACAGCAACCAUCAUGGUGACUCCACUGCAAAGCAACCGCAGCUGGGUGGUGCUGUUCGACGGGCAAAGUGGCUGCAUCUGUUACCGCCCUGCGGAGCACCAGGCCUGCUUCCUCCGCCUGAUGGAGGCCCAGGAUUGGGACAUGCUGCAGCUGCUGGUGAACACCUCGAGGGCCCAAGGGGCUCAAAGCCCCAGCCAAGACACCCACUAUGCCCAGGAGCUCCUGGCAGUGCUUGGGAGCCACGCGGUGGACCCUGCCCAGGUCGGGGUUUCUGUGCAGCACCUUUGUGCCAAGACCCCCAUCUACUGGGCCCGCCGAUCAGAGGGACCCCGGAGGCAGCGGUUGAUCUAUCUCUGCAUUGACAUCUGCUUCCCGAGCAACAUCUGUGUGUCAGUCUGCUUUUAUUACCUCCCAGACUAA